GCUCUCUUUCCGCCCCUUCGCCCGAAUCCUUGGCCUCUGCUUUGCAGCAAUCAACAUUCUAUAUCUCGUUAAUCUUUUUAUCAAACAUCUCUCUCUCGCUAGAUCAGUCUCCGAUGUAGAAAGGCUCUGAGAUCAAUGAGUGAGAGAGAAAGGUUGUCAAGAAGGCGCAGACGGUGGAGCUCCGAGGAGGAUGAAGCCCUCCGCAAGUACGUAGCAGAGCAUGGAGAGUACGACUGGGGCAACGCGGAGGAGCUUUUUAAACGUCGCAGAAGCGCCUGCUAUGCGCGGUGGAGGUAUGGUCUCCGGUCUACAGUCGCCCAACGCCCUUUAACCGAUGAGGAGAAAACCAUAUUAUGGCAGCUUUACGAAAAGUUGGGUGCCAGUUGGAAUGCUAUAAGAAGACGAACUCAGAGUGAUUAUCGCUUUCCUUCAGCGAGGACGGAGUUAGAUAUAAAGAAUUAUAUCGAGCAAGUAUUAUUAGAGCGAGCGCAGGACCCAGAUCGUAAUCAAAAUGAUGUUAAUGAUAAUGAGGGCAACCUAGAAGCUCCAGGGGAGGAUAUUGAUCGAAAUAAUGAAGAGGCCGGUAGUCAUGCCAACUAAUCUUUGGAUCUCUCAUCAUCCCUUCGUGUUUCUCCUUCCAUGGCAAGGGACUUUGAUAUUAAUGUGCGCCCACAAAUGACCCCCCGAAUUCAUUAACACUC